AACCCUGGUCUCGUGCUGCUGCUCUGGUUUGCAUCCAUAUAGGCUUUCUGUCCGCGUCUGCUUCUCGAGAUACCCUUCUUUCGUUGUUCUAGACGCGUUUAAUUCAAUUCUCUCCCCAACAUUUCCUAUUGCACCUUUCUCCACCUCCCAUUUCAAACAACCACACCACCAUGUCCGGCAUCCUGAGCAGCCUCACCGGCGUCCUAAGCUCCCUCGGCGGCAAGAUCCAAGGGGUAAUCGACCGCCUGUUCCCCCCCGAAAAGCGCGCCGAAUGGAUCUCCCGACUGCAAGCCUUCGCCGUCUCCAACCCAAAACUAGCUGGCUUCCUCCUCACCAACAUCGCCCUCACCGGCCUCCCCCUCCUCACCUUCCUCGUCUUCACCCUCACCGUCUUCGUCUUCUCCCUCGCCGUCGCGCUGCUCGUCGGCCUGCUCGCCGCCCUCCUCUUCACCGCCUUCAUGGUCGGCCUCGCGCUCCUCCUCGUCCUGCCCACCGUCUUCCUCACCACCAUGGGCGCCACCUUCCUCUUCCUGUGGGGGCUCGGCGGGUACUACAUCUUGAUGUGGUUCAAUGAGGGCUCGACGGGCCAGGCGCCGGAGGGCGAUGCGAUUGGGGAUAAGCUGAAUAGCUUGGCGGGCGGGCGGCUGGGGUUCUUGACGGAGGGGGGGAGAAAGAAGGAGAGGGGGGAGUUGCUGGAGGUGGGGAGUGCGGGGGAGGUGGGGGAGAAUGCGGAGAGGGAGGCGCAGAGGGGGGUGGAUGGGGUCAAGCAGAGGGCUGGGAAGGGGGCGAGUGCGAAUGGGGAUGCGAAGGGGGCGGAUGCAAAGGGUGAUAAGCGCGGGGACACAGAAUAA